UACUUCCGCUUUGUAUCUCACUGCGCCCGUCGCCGUUGGCUAAGUGAAGCACAUCAACAAAAACAACAAGGUUGUUUUCUUUUCCCCUCCGUUGCAGAUCGCCAAGCACUUCAAGCUCUUCCUCGACUCGCUGCAAUAACCUAGCAGAAUGAAUGUGGGUGUGGCACACAGCGAGGUGAACCCCAACACGCGGGUCAUGAACAGUCGCGGCAUCUGGCUGAGCUACGCGUUGGGCGUGGGGAUCCUUCACGUUGUGCUCCUGAGCAUUCCCUUCUUCAGCGUGCCGCUGGUGUGGACGCUCACCAACGUCAUCCACAACUUGGGAAUGUACGUGUUCAUGCACGCGGUAAAAGGGACGCCCUUCGAGACCCCCGAUCAGGGCAAGGCCAGACUUCUCACGCAUUGGGAACAGCUGGAUUACGGCAGACAGUUCACAUCCUCCAGAAAGUUCUUCACCAUUUCCCCCAUCAUCCUUUACUUCUUGGCGAGCUUCUACACCAAGUACGACGCGAUGCACUUCUUCAUCAACACGGCGUCGCUUCUCAGCGUGCUCAUCCCCAAGCUACCGCAGCUGCACGGCGUGAGACUCUUUGGGAUCAACAAGUACUGAGUCCUUCUCGACGGUGUCUUUCCUCUUGGCGUGUUACGCAAAAUGCAACACGUGGCGCAAUUAGGAGAUCAGUGAGAGAAAAACUUUUGUAAUCACGGGAGCUUCUGAGGACCGUGUCAUUUUUAAGUCAAAGCUACAUUUGAGUCAUCUCCAUGAAUGCAGUUUUAGUUGGGUCUGACCCGGGCUGGCCCAGGUAUCAGCAAAGUGAUUGUUUAUGUUUGUUAUUCUCCGACCUGAAUUGACAAGCUGACGCUCAGUUUGUUGCUUUUAACCACGGCAAUACUUCAAAUGUAUUAUUUCCCAGCAAACAAAAAUGUUUACCUCUGUCAAGACUGUCAAAUUAUUCCCCAUUAACUAACAUAAUGGAAUUUAUACUGUUAAACUACGUAUAUAUGUAUGUGUGUGUAUUUAUAUAUUCUAUGAAUACUUUAAGUCAAUCACUGGGCGGGUGUUUCGUGCAUUUCUUUUGAGAAUGUGAACGUUUUUGUGGUGUAAAAUGGUAUUGUGGAAGUGAGGGAAAUGUCGUCUUAUUGAUUAAAGAAAGUUGAAACUUCAUGUAUCCUAUUAAAUUGUGCAAUUCAACAAUU